AUGUUUGACGUGGGCGGUCAGCGAUCUGAGAGGAAGAAGUGGAUCCACUGUUUUGAAGGAGUGACGGCCAUCAUCUUCUGUGUGGCCAUGAGCGCCUACGACCUGGUGCUGGCCGAGGACGAGGAGAUGAACCGAAUGCACGAGAGCAUGAAGCUGUUCGACUCCAUCUGCAACAACAAGUGGUUCACGGAGACGUCCAUCAUUCUGUUCUUGAAUAAAAAGGAUUUGUUUGAGCAGAAGAUCCAGCACAGCCCUCUGACCAUCUGCUUCCCUGAGUACAAUGGCCCGAACACAUAUGAAGACGCUCAGAACUACAUCCAGACCAAGUUUGUGGAUCUGAACCGGAGGAAGGACACGAAGGAGAUCUACCCCCACUUCACCUGCGCCACCGACACCAAGAACGUGCAGUUUGUGUUCGACGCCCACAGACGACCUGAACCGUUGGCUCCAGCUCCGAUCUCCACUUUUUCUAAAGAGACUGAGACGUUAAAGCACCACAUGCAUUCACGACCCGUUCAUGAUGCUUCGUCACCGGAGGACGCGAGAAAAGGAUUCGUUUUCUAA